CCUACGAGCUUUUGCCUGCAGUUGUUUAACCUUCUCAUCACAAAACAUGUCUGGGGUUUGGGUGUUCAAGAAUGGCGUCGUCCGGUUGGUGGACGGGGCGGAUUCCUUGCAAGGCUCCAACUCUCGGCCACGCAAGGUGCUCGUCCACACUCCAACUGACGAGGUCAUCAGCUCUUAUGCCGUGCUCGAACGCAAGCUGUACUCACUCGGUUGGGAGAGAUACUAUGACGAUCCAGACCUUCUUCAGUUCCACAAACGAUCCACCGUCCAUCUCAUCUCUCUCCCCAAGGAUUUCAACAAGUUCAAGUCCAUGCACAUGUAUGACAUUGUUGUUAAAAAUCGCAAUGUGUUUGAAGUGAGGGACACGUAGUCCUUGGACUAGUUUGUGCAGCGUGCUGGAUGUAUUUGUGAUGACUUUGAUUCUGUGCUAAUUUGUGUGUGUUUGUAAGUUUUUGGUUUGGAGCUUACUUUUGAAUAUUGGGUUAGUUUGGAUUGGUUUAGGGUUUAGGGAAAGCUAAGUAAGUAAAGUAGUUUAAGGGUGUGUUUGGUGAUUGAUUGUUACGUUGGGUAAUAUUACAGUUUGUACAAAUUGUUAUUAUG